AUGCCUCGAGUUGCCGCGUUUUCUGUCCUCGCUGUGGUGCUUCUUCCCAAAUUUAUCAGUGCACAGACUUAUAGCGCCACGUACCUUCCCUCCAACGUACCUCCGACAACAGAAGAAGGCCAAACAGGGACCAAUCAGUGUGGGACGGGGCUGAACCAGACCUCGGAUUGCCAGAACCUCUAUAUUAACUCCGUAACCGACUUUUGUCUUUUCGCACCUCCCAAUCCUGGAGCCGACUCUGUCAUUGGAAAUACGGAACGCAUUGAGGUUGCAUGGUGUACCAAGAAUGGCACUGGCGCCCGCUUAAUUCCCGAUGGCGCAAUCAAAGGUGCUCAUUUCGUCCAAACUCCAGACUUCGUCCAAGUUACUGGGAUCGGCGACUUGACGCUCCUCAAUAUUCCUGUAGGCGACGAAGGGGGCGAGUUGGAUCCUCACGGAGCGGAUGGCAAUGGUAACCCCAUUGGAGGCCUUGUAUUUUCGUCUGCAUUCGGCCAACUCAAGCAAAUUCACGAAUGGACAAACUUUAUGGCUGCAGAUCAGUUCUGCAUUCGGGCGUGCAAGCCUGGUCCGAUGGCCCCGAUUUUCUGCCAACACAUCUACGACGUGAUGGGAUGUGCAUGGAAUAUGCCUGCCAACUACGAUUCUGGUUUCGAAACAUGUGUAGGCGACAGUGGCGAGCCUAUGGGAGUGUACGGCACGUCGACGUUCUUCCAAGGCCAGCCUGUGAUGCCCCCGGCACACCCGCGUCCCUCCUUGUCCUCAUGCACGACGCUGAGCACCAUCGGCAACGGCUUCCUCAUCUCCGGCACCACCGUCCUUCCUCCCGGGGUGACUCUCAGCCCCAGCAGUGGUCCCCUAUCAGCAGUAAGCGCUCCCACGCCGUCUUCACCGACCAGUGCGGUCUUACCAGGCUCCCCCUCCAUCGCUGCCUCGUCCCCCUUAAACGCCUCCCUUGGCUCCUUGGCCUCCUCACAGGCCUCCUCCGGUGGAUCUGGUGCCCUUACACCUACUGCCACGAAUACAAUCUCCUCUGCGACCGGGCGCUUCAGCGCCAUGGACGGGUGGGAGUGUUCCGUUCUCACCGUCGGGUUGUCAUUCAUUGGUUCCGUGCUGGGUACAUUUUUAUUUCUUUAA